UUACUCUGCCGCCUGCAACACCCACACUAUAUCGUUUUGUAAUCAUCGGGGGUCUCUCUAGUGAAAACAAUCAAGUUUUCAUCCCAGGCGUCAAAGUUCCCCGCAGCUUUCGGCUGCUGGAGGAACUGGAGGAAGGUCAGAAGGGAGUUGGAGACGGUACAGUGAGCUGGGGCCUUGCAGAUGAUGACGACAUGAUGCUAACUCACUGGAAUGGCAUGAUCAUUGGCCCUGCCAAGACUGUCUAUGAAGGCAGGAUCUACAGUCUGAAAAUAGACUGUGGAUCCAAAUACCCUGAGCAUCCUCCUCAUGUCCGCUUUGUGAACAAGAUAAACCUAAGUGGUGUGAACAGCUCAAACGGUCUGGUCGACCUAAAGGCUGUGUCAUCACUGUCCCGGUGGAAGAAUUCCUACAACAUCCGGGCAGUGCUGCAGGAGCUCAGACAGCACAUGAUGAUGAAAGAAAACAACAGGCUCUCCCAACCACCUGAGGGCCAGGUGUACAACAACUGAAGUUCCUGCUGCUAUUCAUUACUCUCUGACACACACAUACAUACAUGUACACACACACACACACACACACACACACACACACACACACACACACACACACGUGCAUGCAUGCAUACUACACAAGACUCUCUGCUCCCACUUCCUCCUUCGGGAGCCUUCCAUUGGACGGAGAGAGGGAUGUGCAGGUGAACCCAGAUUCCUGACCUGGUGCCCAAUCACUCUUUGAGGUUCACAGUGCAGACCAGACAAUGCAAAACAAGAAUACUGUACAUCUUACUAUAAUGUUAUUUUUUAUGAUCUUUGUGUUCUACAUCCAGAUUGUAAAAUGACUUGAGUGUACCAAUUAUGUGUGUUUUCUGGGCUUUUCACAUGUGGUGACAGUUAGUCCCUGAUGUAUGGGUAUCUUGAGCCACUUUUCCAUUCAAAGUACUUUAGUUCCAACGAAUAUUUUCAAGGUUCCUUCUUACUGUUGGUAGCUUAUCAUUCCAGUGUCAAGAUUAGAGAAAUGUAAUCCACGAAUGACUUUACAGCUAUGAUGCUGUGACAAAACAAAGGACUACAACGACAGUGAGCAUGUCUUGCUGCUGCUGUUCACUGUGAUUUAACACACCGUCAGUGUCAGUGCAUUGAGUAAAUGUUGGAAAAGAAAAGCAGCAACAGCGGCAAAUCAUGUUCAAAAUGUCUAUAAUGGAUUGAAUGAAAAAACAAACCACUUCUGUAACCCCAGCUAUAAUAGCGCUCUUCAUUUUUGGGAUGCCUCAAUACUUGAAAGAUUUCCCUGAAAUAGAAAUAAAAAUCUACCCUUUGCUUCUGCGAUAUCCCGAUGAUGUGAAUUUGAGGGGCCUUCCUUAAACAAGUGUAUAUCUGGUACACACAAUUAAACUGCUACUAGACAUUCGUAUCUAUCAGCAGGGUACUGCUGGCUCAUCACUCGUGUUCUCAGGCUUGUCUUCUGUGUGCCAUAGUGCUUUGUGAUGGUAAUUAAUUAUUAGCAGCCCGUGGGAUGAGGGAAAGGAAGGGUGGGGCGGGGGGGUCGACGCUGUGGGUGGGGUGCUUCGGGUCCUUGUGCUUUCCGUGUUUGGCACUUUUCCGGGAUCGUCACUGUACCGUGGAACAGGAGCAGCUGUGAUUGUUUUGUUUUUCCCUCCCGUUUUGGGUUGUUCACUUUCUGGGCUGACCUGUGUACAUUCCAUGGAGUUGUCUGCUCUCAUUCAGUGAUCACCCACUGAACACAAUGUACUUGGAUGUUUAUUUUAUAACGGGUUGAAUCUAAUCAGGGUUAUGGUGACCUGUUGCAUGGUUUUAUUUGAAUUAAACAUUAUUACUUUUCCACA